CGUCACCCCCAUUUGGUUCAACCGACGACAUGUGCACUCUAGAGAAGCGUGGCAGUCUGUUCAUUCUCACCCUCACCGGCGACAACGAGCAUUGGAUUGGCCCAACUUUCAUUUCCACCUUCAUUUCCCUUCUUGCUCAAAUCAAAUCCCAAGCCACCCGCGGUUCAGUCCUUCUCACCACUUCCCAUGGCCGUUUCUUCUCCAACGGCUUCGACCUUCCCUGGGCCCAAACUGCCCCCUCCAAAUCCGCCGCUAGAGACCGCAUAGUCCACAUGGUCCACAUUUUCAAGCCAAUCGUCGCCGCCCUUCUCUCUCUUCCCAUGCCCACAAUCGCCGCUAUCUCCGGCCACGCCGCCGCCGCCGGUUUCGCUCUCGCCCUCUGCCACGAUUACGUUCUCAUGAGGCGCGAUAAAGGUGUCAUUUACAUGAGUGAGAUUGACUUGGGCUUAACCAUGCCGGAUUACUUUGCGGCAUUGGUGAGAUCAAAGAUCAGUUCAGUUUCAGUCCGUCGAGAUGUGCUGCUGGCAGGGAGAAAGGUCAACGGUGAAACAGCGGCGAAGUUGGGAAUCGUCGACUCAGUGCACGAUAAUGAGGAAGCCUUAAUGGAGGCAGCGGUGGCGAUGGGGGAGAUGUUAGCCAGGAGGAAAUGGGAAUGUGAAGCAUAUGCAGAGAUAAGAAAGAGUCUAUAUCCUGAAAUGUCUCCGUUACUUAAUGAAUUGAAUGGAAAAAUGUAAACAUGGUGUUAAGCGAAAGGAAUUGUAUUUGUUUUCAAUGUGUUUUUUUGGUGGAUUUGUUUGUCGUAUGAUGUCUUGGCUGAUGCUGCUGAAAACUAUAAUCAAUAAUUUUCUUCUCUGUUUUCA